AGCCAAUGGGCGGCCGCGGCGGGGGCGCGCGGAGGGGCCGGUGGGGAUGUUCGCGGAGGGCGGACGGGGAGGCGCCGGCUGCGGGUCGGGACCGGGACCGGAACCGGGACCGGGAGGCUUAAACUCUCUGUCCUUUGAUGCUGCCAGCAGCAGCAAGGCUCUGCAGCUCGGCAGUGCUGCGCCUCCGCCAGGGUUGGAAAGCUCAGCUGAGAAUGGAAGUGAUCCGGGCAAGAAGAGGAAGAGAGCAAACGUUCCUGCAGAUGGUGGCAGAAAUCUAAGCCUCGACAUUCCGAUGGGCCUGCCAAUGUCAGACCCGACCGCCUGGGCCACCGCGAUGAACAACCUGGGGAUGGCUCCGCUGGGGAUGACGGGACAGCCCCUGCUGCCAGAUUUUGAUCCUGCUCUUGGGAUGAUGACUGGAAUCCCUCCCAUCAACCCCAUGAUGCCAGGCUUGGGGAUAGUGCCACCUCCCAUCCCUCCGGACAUGCCUGCUGUGAAGGAGAUCAUUCACUGCAAAAGCUGCACUCUCUUCCCGCCUAACCCACAUCUUCCCCCUCCAGCAACGAGGGAGAGGCCCCCGGGGUGUAAGACAGUGUUUGUUGGAGGGCUGCCGGAGAACAGCACUGAGCAGAUCAUCAUGGAAGUGUUUGAGCAGUGCGGGGAAGUCAUCGCCAUUCGGAAGAGCAAGAAGAACUUCUGCCACAUCCGCUUUGCCGAGGAGUUCAUGGUGGACAAGGCUCUUUAUCUCUCUGGCUAUCGCAUCAGGCUGGGCUCCAGCACGGACAAGAAGGACACUGGGCGCCUGCACGUGGACUUUGCUCAGGCCCGGGACGACCUGUACGAGUGGGAGUGCAAGCAGCGGAUGCUGGCGCGCGAGGAGCGGCACCGCAGGCGCCUGGAAGAGGAGCGCUUCCGCCCGCCCUCCCCGCCGCCCGUCGUGCAUUACUCCGACCACGAGUGCAGCAUUGUUGCUGAGAAACUGAAAGAUGACACAAAGUUCUUGGAAGCCAUCCAGACCUUGCUGACCUGGAUAGAGCGCGGAGAAGUGAACAGGAGGACUGCCAACAACUUCUACUCCAUGAUCCAGUCGGCCAACAGCCACAUUCGCAGACUGGUGAACGAGAAAGCAGCUCAUGAGAAAGAGAUGGAAGAAGCUAAAGAGAAAUUCAAACUUGCUCUCUCGGGGAUCCUGGUGCAGUUCGAGCAGAUAGUGGCCGUGUACCAUUCUGCCUCCAAACAAAAGGCUUGGGACCAUUUCACGAAAGCUCAGCGUAAGAACAUCAGCGUGUGGUGCAAACAAGCAGAGGAAAUCCGUAACAUUCAUAAUGAUGAGCUAAUGGGUAUUCGAAGAGAGGAGGAAAUGGAAAUGUCUGAUGAAGAAAUAGAAGAUCCAUCAGAGAUGAAAGAAACAGAAGAAUCAGCGCUGGUGUCGCAGGUGGAAGCCCUGAAGGAAGAGAACGACAGCCUGCGCUGGCAGCUGGACGCCUACCGCAACGAGGUGGAGCUGCUGAAGCAGGAGCAGGGCAAAGCGAGCAGGGACGAGGACACCACCAAGGAGCAGCAGAUGAAGCUUCUCCAGCAGGCUCUGCAGGGGAUGCAGAAGCACCUUUUGAAGGUACAAGAUGAAUACAAGAAGAGAGAAGCUGAGUUAGAAAAAGUGAGAGAAGACAAACUAAAAAUAGAGACGUUAUUGGAAAACCUGAAGGAGCAGCAAAGCAUCGCAGAUGAAGAGGACAAGGAGAGAGAUGCAAUUGAUUGUCAAGGGAAUGAGUGCACUGCAUCCAGGGUUUGUGUGUGCAGCCAGGACAAGGACUGUCCAGUGGAGAAGACGUUGAGCAACAGCCCUGUGAAAUCUGAACGAGAAGUCCUGUUGGUUGGAAUAAUUUCGACGUUUCUUCACGUGCACCCGUUUGGAGCGAGCAUCGAGUACAUCUGCUCCUACCUGCAGCGUCUGGACAGCAAGAUCUGCACUGCAGAAGUGGAAGUCCUCAUGACUCGACUCCAGAACACGUUCAGGCAGGAGCUGAGUGGGGUUGGAGCCAGCCUGGAGAAAAGGUGGAAGUUUUGUGGCUUUGAUGGCUUGAAAAUGACUUGAGCUUUAACGUAACGCCGCAACCAACAGCGGGAGACGUGCGCCAGGAAAACCCGGGAUGCCUCUGACCUCUGUUCAUGCUGACUCCUGCACGCCCGUGGACUCAGGUGCUGGGAAGUGGAAGCGAAGCUCUAAGUCCAGAGCAGCACUGGAAGAACCUUCAAGUUCUGUAGCUUCUUUGAUCAGUUAUUUGUUCAUGGGCAAGUGCUGUUCAAUACAUUUGGUGAAAGAAGCUCAUGUCUGAUGUUUCGAAGCACAACGUGGUGACUGUUCUGUUUUGCCAAUGUUGUAUGUGUUCUGUGUGCCCAAAUUUCUCACCCUGUACCUUGUUUUUACUGAUAGGAACAGCCACAGACUGUCCUGAAGCAACGGCAAAGAGGCAUUUUCUGGUUUCUAGAACACCAAAAGGAGAUAAAGAAAAAGGCAUUUUUUAGACAUUUCUAUGAUUAAAACCUGAGGUAUGUUGAAACAGA